GUCAUCUCCAUGUGACGGGCCAUCAAAUCAAUAUUGGAAUUAAAUAAAGAAAUAAAAAUGACAUCGAUAGCGAAAGGUGAUAACGAACUGAAGAGGCUGUUGAACAGCCCAGCCAAGAGUGCCAGUGAUGAUCACACAAUGGCACCCCCGCUAUCCUCAUUGAUUUUGUUUACGAAGAAGUCUCGAUGAAUUUUCCUCCACAUCCUUUAAAUUUCGAGGUAGACUUGGGGAAAGGACUGACUGUCAUACAAUGAGACUCACUUGGAGAUGUUCUACAAACGUACCUAGACCAAGUACGUCCCAGGCAGGGACUCCACAGGCUACGAUGACCCCUAUGGCUCCACCACCUCCAAAGACUGAGAACAUUGAACCCAUUCUACAGAACGUCGUGUCGACAGUGAGUGUUGGCUGCGAGCUUCAACUGAUGAAGAUAAACACCCAAACGAGAAAUUCCGAGUACAAUCCAGGGCGUUUUACAGGUCUAGUGAUGAGGAUAAGAAAUCCACGUGCAACAGCCCUUAUAUUCCGAUCAGGAAAGAUCGUUUGCACAGGGGCCAGAAGUGAGGACGAUGCAUUCCUGGCAUCCAGAAAAUUCGCAAGGAUUAUACAGAAGCUUGGAUUUCCAGUUAAAUUUAUGAAUUUCAAGGUGCAGAAUAUGGUGGCCACAUGUGACCUCAAGUUUCCGAUUAAACUCGAACAUUUAAAUCACAUGCACGGACAGUUCUCCACGUAUGAGCCAGAACUUUACCCGGGGCUAAUCUAUAGAAUGGUCGCCCCCAGAGUUGUACUGCUUAUAUUUGUUAACGGGAAGGUUGUCUUAACAGGUGCAAAAAAUAGGGGUGAACUGCGCGAAGCUUUAACCAAUAUACAUCCCAUUUUGAAAAGCUUUAGAAAACAGUAGUGGACUCUGUGUUAUACGUUUCAUCCGCAUCACGCAUUUAUUCGCAUAGUUGCCUUGUUAAUUCAUCUCAAAUUUAUGAUAUUAAGGACAUGAUGUAACAUAAUAUUUAUAUAAAGUAAAUAAAUUUUUUAUACGUAAAUUUA